AUUAGUUGGUACUUGGUACCACGGUAAAGCGCUUCGAACGCUGAUGGCAUCGGUCAUGGCCGAUUGGAUGACUUCAAAGAAUGACCGAAAACGUAAUACGAUGUUAAAUAUUACGAGACGUGGCCGAAACUUAUCUCUUACAUGUUACAUGGGUUCGUUGGGCACAAUCCUGUUUUACGUAGUUUUUAAUUUUCUGAAGUUCUAUCGAAGCAUGCAUCAGCCUGAAAGGAUUCUCGUGUAUUACUUUUCCUAUCCUUACUACAACAUGCAAAAGAGUCCAAACUACGAAAUUACAUUUGUGAUUCAACUUUUUGGCGGCAUAUCCACAGCCGUCGUCAAUAGUACCGUCGACAGUUUCGUCUCUAUACUCCUACUGCAAAUAUGCGCGCAGCUGAUAAAUUUACGUAUGACACUCAACAAUCUGGUCGACGAAUUAGCGAAAGGAUCUAUAUCCUCCUCGAGUUUCCAGAAAGGAUUGGCGGCGAUCACUAUGCGUCAUGAACAUCUCAUCAGGAACGCCAAGACAGUUGACGAUUGCUACAGUGCGGUAUUAUUUAUACACAUGGUGGCCGCUACUUUUCAAUUGUGCUUUGAAAGCUUUCAAGUUUUCACGAUAGUAUCAAGUCAUUUGGAGAUAUCUGUUAUUAAAAUGGCCUUCCUCUUGUUUUAUGUCAUUAUGAUAUUGACACAUUUGUAUAUUUAUUGUUAUUCUGCUGAAAGACUUUUAACGGAGAGUACCAACAUGGCAUAUGGCGCGUACGAAUGCAGGUGGUACGAUAUAUCACCGAAUGAUGCGAAAAAUUUAAUGUUUAUGAUAUAUCGAUCUACAAUUCCGCUGAGGCUGACGGCUGGAAAAUUCGGAACUUUCUCACUAGAAAUGUUCGGAACAACGGUGAAAACGUCAAUGGGAUACCUAUCUGCAUUGCUGACAAUGAUGGAUUAGAAACUAUAAUACUGGAAUAAUAUCAAAUUAAUUACACGUACUCUUAAGUACUAUUUAUUUUCUAUAUACUGUGUUAAUAGAUUUAUAAAUGUUGCUUGUAAUAUAAUUUUUGCUGGAUAACGUGUUACAUAUGUGGCUGUGCUUAUAACUGUACAACAUUUUUUAUUAAUGUGUAAACGAAAAAUCAAACUGUAAAGGCAAAUUUAUCGAUCAAUUGCAAACGAAACUAUCGAUUAAAAGACUAUGUGAAUCAAGUUAAACUAAAAUUUUAUUCGACAGAAAUAAAUUGACCUAUAUCGAGGUCCUCCACCAACCCGCCGCGUUUAAUCGACGGUCCU